AUGGAAUCCGAAGGGCAAAAGGGUACGGUGAAUCCGUCAGCUAUGUUGGCUUCCUUGCUUAGUAAGAGAGCCAAGCUUCACGAAGAGCUUCGCAGUAUUGAAAAGCAGGUUUAUGAUAUGGAGACAAGUUAUUUACAGGAUCCUGGACAGUGUGGCAAUGUAUUAAAGGGAUUUGAAGGAUUCCUAUCUUCAUCAAAGAACACUGCAUUCUUGAAGCGGUCUAGAAAGUUUCAGCCUGAAGAUAGGCUCUUUUCAUUAUCUUCAGUGUCUUCGCCAGCGGCAGAAGAGCUUGCGGCUGGACGAGAUGACGGGAGAUCGGAUUUUGGUCCUGGUCGUUCAAAAGGUGGGACAAUUUAUGCAAAUGGACAGGGUAAACCGAAGAAAGGAAGGGGUGCGCCAAGAGAUGCGAAGAGAGUAAGGGUGUCAAGUGAACAAGAUUUUGAUUACGAGGAUGAGCCUGAAAUGACAUUAUGA